AUGUUUUUUUUUUCUUGUUUGGAGUCAUCCUUAGUACAGACUGUUGAGCGUAAACGCUCAGUCCGUGAUGCUGGCCAUGUUGUCAUCAAAGAGAACGGUAUGGAUGUUGUGGACCCAUCAACUAAAGCGGCGUUUGUCUGUGAAGUUCCGCCAUACUCUGAGUUUAACACCAUGGACCUACAGCUUCGUAAAAUUAACUACGAUAUAUUCAAGAACCAAUUGAAUGCAUCUAGAGUGAUUGAAGAGACUUUAGACAAGAUCUACUCUAGACUUACAACUGCUGGAAGGGAAAUUAUACCUGGUGAUCUGAAACUCAUCAUCGACUUUCUAGAUAUGGUCUCGUCAGCAGUUAACUCUACAGUUAUCAUUGUAGAUGAUCAUUUACUGAAGAAGAUAACAUCAGUGGUAGACUUGACCAUACAAAUAGAAGAACGCGUUUGGCAUCAGUUAAAUAAGAGAGGGGAGCAGGCCGCGACUAGACUGGUUAACUACAUGGAAAAUAUCGUCGUUAGAUCUGCUGCAAACAUUACAGUCAUAGUACAAGACACUCUAGCAAUAAUAAUAGCCCAAUCAGAAGCUGACAUACAUUUCCCAAUAGUCCAUGAAGUCGAUGCAGCCUACAACAUAUCGUGGUUAAGAAAAACAAAAAACAGUUUGUAUUUGUCACACAAUGCGAGUCAAACAUUCAAAGGUGCGCUAAACUACUCUAUCAUUGUCUACGACGGGUUGAAAAACAAGUUGAUGGUAAAUCAAGAAAAACAAAUUAGGUAA